AUGGACCAGACCAACGCUACGAGAGCUCAAGUCCAGAACCCUUCCGAGGAACGCGGUGAGCCCUCCUGUUCCGCCAUCGCUGUUCGCCUCCCACAGUACUGGGACCAGCAUCCUUCGGUGUGGUUUCUUCAGGCCGAAGCGCAAUUUCAAGUCGCUGGUAUCCGCUCUCAAGCCUCGAAGUUUCAUUACGCCGUCGCAGCACUCUCGCCCGCCGCCAUUGACGAGGUAGCAGAUUUGUUGAACUCCCCAUUGUCUGCCGCCGCCUAUGACGAUCUCAAGGCAGCACUGCUACAGCGCACAGCAGCUUCACAGCGUUCUCGCAUCCAGCAGCUUCUGUCCACUGAAGAACUCGGCGACCGACGCCCUAGUCAACUUCUACGCCGAAUGAGCCAGCUGCUCGGAAACAAUGCGAGAUCUAUCGACGACACGCUGUUGCGCGAACUUUUUUUGCAACGACUCCCGGCUAACGUGCAGAUGGUCCUGGCGACAGCCUCUACCAUGGACCUUACCGGACUUGCCGCUUUGGCCGACAAAGUCAUGGAAGUAGCCACCCCAACCAUCGCAGCCACGGCACCGUCUCCGGGUGACAAUACAACCGCUCUGCAAAGUCUUCCCUGCUCUUCCGCAGUGCAAUCUCCGCUCGACUCCUUGUGUGAGCGCCUGGAACGCAUCAUCUGUGGAGCGGAACAUCGCCGCGCGUCUCGUCGCCCACGCAGCCGUAGUUCCUGCAGAUCAAGACGCACGGGCACCCAAAAUGAAACCUCAACUACAGCGCCUGGCGUUUGCUACUACCACCGCCGUUUUGGAAACGACGCUCGUCACUGUCGGCGUCCCUGCGCUUGGCAGGGAAACAGGCCGGCCGACCUCUAA